AUGGCCAACAAUACUUGUCUCGUUUGUCGCAAGCGUGCUAAACGCAAGGACAGCCAAUUCUGCUCCGACAGAUGCACUCAGAAGAUGGCUUCAAAGAAACUACCGCAGCUACUACGCGUCCCUAAGGAUCAUGCCAUGUACAAUGACGUGAAGAAGAAAUUCAGGACGAGCUGGAAGGACAAGAAGAACAAGUUACCAGUCAUCGGUAAAAUAUACCUUAUUACAUGGCCUCGCAAAAUGAGGGCUUCGUUUGAGAAGUAUCGGGAUUCUGUUGCAAAGCUACGCAAGACGCCCAAGAAUAAGGCCAAGGAGUGCAAACUCUGUCAAGCGAUCAGGACUGGCUUCAAGGCGAGCCUGGAUAAAAAGCGUGGCAUGGUGAAACGAAAGUCGAAGUCCGGCAUUAGAUUUGGGGGCGGCGUUUACAUGAGUCCCGAAUCCAACAAAGCAUUGGAGUACGCUAAAGAUUCUCAUAGAGGGUCCCAGUAUCUCGCAGUCCUCGUCACCCGCACCGUCCUCGGGAAGAUGCAACACGCCCAGAAAGAGAAUCAUGGGCUGAUGAAACCGAAGAACGGUUACGACUCUGUCUUUGGGCGUGCGAAUGGGGGUGGUCCUUUAGAAUAUAUUGUCUACAAUGCGAAUGCUGUUCGGCCUGCAUAUCUUAUGCUGCUAAAGAGAAAGUAG